AUGAUCAGUUCAUCGCUUGAAUUCGAUAAUAACAUUGCUCUUGAAUUAUUUACAACUAAUUACAAACAUAGUCGAGAUUUUUUAUUUGCCAUUGCUGAAAAUAUUUUCAAAGAACUUCUUCAAGAUUCUCAAAUUAAAGAAUGUCGACCAAUCUCAACAGAACAAUUGAUUAUUAUUGAUCAAGAUUUAAGUUUGGUAUUAUUUGAAGUUAUUCAACAUAAAAUAUCCAUCAAUUUGAAGUGUCUUAUAUUACUCGAUGAAGUACAUACGGCUCUUGCUAAAAGUUUUCGAAAAAUUUUGAGUACUGCACCUUCACUGAUUAAGUUCGGUCUUGGUGCAACACUGGUUCAUGAAGAAGAUAAAAUUUAG